CACACCAUCGAUCUCCAUCUCCACACAUUUCAUCGGAGAAGCAUGGUUUCCAUGGCGGCGGCCAGGAUCGCCGUCCUCCUGGCCGUGGCGGCGCUCUUCACCGCGGCGGGGGCAGCGGAUCCCCAACCCGCAAAGGGAGCACAUUGCUGGCGGUGCUACUCUUCCUGCAUGCACAAGUGCGACGGCCACCAUGAUGCCGCCGCCCGCUCUGCCAGCCGUACUCAGCCCGCAGUCCACACAACCGUCGAUGAUGGUGCAGCAGCCGCCUCCAUCCCCGUCAACUCCACCAAUGGCACUGCAGCAGUCGUACGCUCCACCGAUGGCACUCCAGCCACCGAUCAUGCAGUCGGCCACAUCGGUGAUGCCAACGACGACGAUAACAAGGACUACGACAAAGAUGACGACAAGGACGACGGCGAUGAUAAGGACGACAAGGACGACGACGAUAAGGACGACAAGGACGACGAUGAUAAGGAUGACAAGGACGACGAUGAUAAGGAUGAUGAUGAUGACGACGAUAAGGAUGAUGAUGAUGAUGACGAUGAUGAUGAUGACGACGACGACGACGACAGCGGCGGCAGCGACUGGGUUAAGUACUUCAAGUGCAAGAAGAAGUGCAUCAUGGACUGCUACAGGAGCCUCCGCCACCACCACCACCGCCGCCGCCGCCACCGCCCAAGCCCGGGUCCAAAGCCCCCGAGUCCGAAGCCACCUAAGCCAAAGCCAACGCCACCAAAGCCCACACCUCCAAAGCCCGCUCCACCUAAGCCCAUGCCGCCGCCAUCGCCCACGCCACCGAAGCCAACCCCGCCCAUGCCGCCAACGCCGCCCAUGCCACCGACGCCAACCCCGCCCAUGCCACCAACGCCGCCCAUGCCACCGACGCCAACCCCACCCAUGCCACCGACGCCAACCCCACCCAUGCCACCAACGCCGCCCAUGCCACCGACGCCAAUCCCGCCCAAGCUGCCGAGCCCUCCUAAUACACCGAAGCAAAAGCCAAAGCCGAAGGCGCCCGUGUCCGCUCAAGACUAAGCCUAAGCCAAAACCGCCGUGCCCACCAUCAGCCAUUGUAUCUUCGUCGACGAACACCAGCAGCAACUGAUAGGUGUAAGCCACGACGUCUACACGCACAUAUUUGGAGCAGAGCUCGCAACAUAUAUACAACAUAUAAGUAGAGAGAUUAUGGUUGCUGUGUAUCAGUAUAUAUAGAUUAUUACCCCGGAAAAGAAUAUAGAUUAUUCUAUAAGGUUACUCUAUAGAUGAAGAAGUAAUUCAUCAGCUCUACCUAAGCUGGGUAUAGAACAGCAGGUGUUACUGAAUAUCCGAUCUAUGUACAUGUUGUGUAAUUGAGAUUAUUGUGGGAAUAUGCUAAUCUCCUGUA